AUGGCGCCGCCGCCGCCACGGCUGCUCGCCGGCGGCGACCACAGUCCGCCCCCCACGUCAACCUCCUCCCCGGAGCACCCUCUCCUCUCCGCGCACCUCCUCCUCCCCGACCCAUCCCCCUCCGAUCUCUCCUCCCCGCACCUCCCCCACGCCCUAGCCUUCUCCUUCCUCACCCACCCGUCCCCUCUCCCGCGCCGCCUGCUCCUGCUCCUCCACGCCGCCGGGGGCCGCUUCCCCGCCUUCUACCACUCCUUCGCCUCCGCCCUCCUCUCGCUCCCCUUCCCGCUCCUCCUCCCCCACCCACGCGCCCGCCUCCUCCUCGCCGCCGCCGAGCUCACCCGCGCGGCCGCGCCGGGCUUCGCGCCCCUACUCCUGUCCCUCCUCCGCCGCGUGCCCUUCCCCGGAGACGCCCGCCUCCUCGACCACAUCCGCGAGCAUUCCUCCUUCCUCGUCGCCGAGGAGCCGCAGCUCCUCGCCUCCGCGGUCUUCGCGUUCCUCCGCCUCCUCGCCAGGAACCGCCUCGCUCCGUUCCCCAGGAGCGCCGAGUGCAGCAACUGCGAGGAGUGCAAGAGCGCGAAGAACCUCGAAGAGUGCGGAGAGAAGCUGGUGUCCUUCUGCGUCUCGGUGCUGCGGGAUCACUUCCAGGUGUGCACGCUGAUCGGGAGGGACCUUGUGCGAUCGCUCCAUGAGCUGGUGCUCGUGCCGGAGUUCCAGGGACUAUGGAAAGACUUGAUCCUGGCCCGAAACGUUGACAUCUGCCGGGUUGUCACUCCAGGUUGGUGCACAGCCUUGUCUAUCUCGCCGGAGAUGGAGACGCAACUGCUGUUCUUGAUGAACAAUGUGAAGUGGGGAAGCCAGAAGAGGUACCAGCUGUGGUUUGCGAGGAAGCAUUUGAUGGUGCCUGGAGGGGAGGAGAGGAUACCGGACAUUGUCCGCUUCAUAUGCUGCGGGUACCUCCCGACCAAUGAGGUUAUACAGUCUGGUGUCAUUGCCCGCUGGGCGGUCAUCGGUUGGUUGCUGACUAGUUGCAGCAAGGGAUACAUCGUAGCGAAUGCGAAGUUGGCGCUGUUCUAUGACUGGCUGUUUUUUGAUGAGACUAAGGGUAACGUCAUGAACAUUGAGCCAGCAAUGCUUCUGAUGUUGAACUCAAUAUCUCAGUAUGUAGAUAUCACAAACAUGCUACUCGAGUUCUUAUUUCUCCUGAUUGAGAACUAUGAGGUGCGGAGGAAGGAGGCCAUCGAGCAGUCUGUGAGGUGUGCAUUUACAGUGCUGGUGAAGAAAGGAGUGCUCCCGUCAUUGGAGUUGUUGACAUGCUGCGAGAAGCUAUCGCCACUGCUUAGGCAGAAGCUUGUGGCAUUUUUAUCUAGUACAACUCCUGUAGCAGCUGUAGAAGCCUGCUUGAAACCGAUUAAUGAGGUUUCUAAAGCAGCAGAGUUGAAGAAGAGAGUUUGCUCAAACUAG